AUGGAUUAUUUACUUGUUACUUUCACCCUUAUUGGAACCACACUGGCUUGCCAACCAGUACCACAACCUAAGCAGGGAGUCUCACACGGAUACGAUACAGCGGACGUUACAAUAGUCACCAAUCAAGUCUACACUCCAUCAAAAGUCAGCGAGUAUAUGGGCUACUUUCCGAAAACAAAGAUCGAGGAAUACUCGGCCCCUCUUGGAGUCUUCUCGAACCUUGGAAAUACUGACAGCAAUGGCUAUUUUGCCUUUACUUUCACCCUAACACAAUGUCACUGUGACGAGGUANCAAACAAAAAGUUCAUCAUCCUUCCUGGACAGAAUGGACAAAACGCUGGUCAAGUUGGUCAAGUUGGUCAAGUUCGUCAGUUUGCUCCAUAUGGUCAAGUUGCUCAAGUGGCUCCAGUUGGUCAGAUUUCUCCCGUUGUGAUACCACAGUAUGUCUCUGCCCCUGCUCCCAUAGUUGUUGGACAACAACCGGUUAUUGCAGAACCACCAGUUAUUGCACAACAACCGGUCAUUGCAGCACAACCGGUCAUUGCACAACAACCGGUUCUUGCUCAACAACCGGUUAUUGCACAACGACAGGUUGUUGCAGAACAACAGACUGUUUAUGAAGAACCAUACUGA